UCAAACCCAUUAUGCGGUAGCGGCGGCCGGGUCUCUUUAAGGCCCUGCUGCGCCUGCGCCUUGGGCUCUCCUGACGCGGCCCGGCCGGACCAGGACUGGUGAGCGGACUGGCGGGGGUCAGUUAGUGAACGAAGCGGCGGGCCCCGAGCUGUGGGUCCAGACCAGAGGCGGCCUUGGGCUCCGGAGGGAGCGCGGCGCUGGAGAGGAGCCGAGACGCGGCGGCGAGGCUGCCGGCUGGAUGGGAAGUUGAUGUUUACGGCGGAGUCCGCCCAACGUUUCCAAGGUGGCGACAGACAAGGUUGCAGAAAAGCUGAGUUCUACUCUCUCAUGGGUGAAGAACACAGUAUCACAUACAGUCAGUCAGAUGGCCGGUCAGGUGGCGAGUCCAUCUGCUUCAUUACACACUACAUCCUCAUCUACCACGCUAUCAACGCCAGCCCUUUCACCAUCUUCCCCAUCACAGUUGAGUCCAGAUGACUUAGAACUCCUGGCUAAACUGGAGGAACAAAAUAGAUUGUUAGAGACGGAUAGUAAGUCUUUAAGAUCUGUAAAUGGGUCAAGAAGAAACAGUGGCUCCUCACUUGUAUCAGGUUCAUCAGCCUCUAGCAACCUCAGUCACCUUGAAGAAGAUUCUUGGAUUCUUUGGGGAAGAAUUGUCAACGAAUGGGAAGAUGUGCGCAAAAAGAAGGAAAAGCAAGUUAAGGAACUUGUUCAUAAAGGGAUACCCCACCACUUUAGAGCAAUAGUUUGGCAACUUUUAUGCAAUGCACAAAGUAUGCCAAUUAAGGAUCAGUAUUCAGAACUCCUGAAAAUGACCUCACCUUGUGAAAAAUUGAUCCGAAGGGAUAUUGCUAGAACUUACCCUGAACACAACUUUUUUAAGGAAAAAGAUAGCCUUGGACAGGAGGUUUUAUUUAAUGUAAUGAAGGCAUAUUCCUUAGUGGAUCGUGAGGUUGGUUACUGUCAAGGAAGUGCUUUUAUAGUUGGAUUGUUGCUUAUGCAGAUGCCAGAAGAAGAAGCUUUCUGUGUGUUUGUUAAAUUAAUGCAAGAUUAUAGACUUCGUGAACUUUUUAAACCAAGUAUGGCAGAAUUGGGGCUUUGUAUGUACCAGUUUGAAUGCAUGAUACAGGAGCACCUUCCAGAGCUCUUUGUACAUUUUCAGUCUCAGAGUUUUCAUACCUCAAUGUAUGCAUCAUCCUGGUUUCUGACUAUCUUUCUUACAACUUUUCCAUUACCAAUUGCAACAAGGAUAUUUGAUAUCUUUAUGUCUGAGGGUUUAGAAAUAGUGUUUCGAGUAGGGUUAGCACUGCUUCAGAUGAAUCAGGCAGAACUGAUGCAACUGGACAUGGAAGGGAUGUUACAGCACUUUCAGAAGGUCAUUCCACAUCAGUUUGAUGGGGGUCCAGACAAAUUAGUCCAGGCAGCUUACCAAGUCAAAUAUAACUCAAAAAAAAUGAAAAAGCUUGAAAAAGAAUAUACUACAAUAAAAACAAAAGAAAUGGAAGAGCAAGUUGAAAUUAAAAGGUUGCGCACAGAAAAUAGACUUUUAAAACAGCGCAUUGACACAUUGGAAAAAGAAAGUGCUUCCUUGGCAGAUAGAUUGAUACAGGGACAAGUGACAAGAGCCCAGGAGGCUGAGGAAAACUACCUCAUAAAACGGGAGUUGGCCACCAUCAGACAACAGAGUGAUGAGGCCAGUGCUAAACUGGAGCAAGCUGAAAAUACCAUCAGGAAGCUCCAGCACCAGCAACAAUGGCAUAAAUGCAGUUCCAUCUACAGUGAAGAUUUUGUGCUACAGCUAGAGAAGGAGUUGGUCCAAGCCCGUCUGAGUGAAGCUGAGUCUCAGUGUGCACUCAAGGAGCUGCAGGAUAAAGUCCUCGAUAUAGAGAAGAGAAAUAACUCCUUUCCUGAUGAGAAUAACAUUGCAAGGCUUCAGGAGGAACUCAUUGCUGUGAAACUGAGAGAAGCAGAAGCUAUUAUGGGUUUGAAAGAACUUAGGCAACAAGUCAAAGAUUUAGAGGAACACUGGCAGCGCCACUUAGCUCGUACUGCUGGGAGGUGGAAGGACCCUCCUAAGAAAAAUGCUAUGAAUGAGUUGCAAGAUGAACUAAUGACCAUUCGACUUAGGGAAGCUGAAACACAGGCAGAAAUAAGAGAAACAAAACAAAGGAUGAUGGAAACGGAAACACAGAACCAGAUCAAUAGUAACCAUCUUCGAAGAGCAGAACAAGAGGUGAUCAGUCUACAUGAGAAAGUACAAUAUCUUUCUGCACAGAAUAAAGGACUGCUUACUCAGUUAAAUGAAGCAAAGCGCAAACAAGCAGAGAUUGAAUGCAAGAACAAGGAAGAAGUGAUGGCUGUGAGACUCCGGGAGGCAGAUAGCAUAGCUGCUGUCGCUGAACUACAGCAGCACAUCGCUGAGCUGGAAAUCCAGAAAGAAGAAGGAAAGCUUCAAGGACAGCUUAACAAGUCUGAUUCUAACCAGUAUAUUAGGGAACUGAAAGAUCAGAUAGCAGAGCUGAAUCAUGAGCUCAGGUGCCUAAAAGGCCAGAGGGUCUUCUCAGGCCAAGCCCCUUUUGAUGGAAUCCACAUUGUCAACCAUUUACUAGAAGAUGAUGAAUCAUUACAUUCCUCUGAUGAAGAUUUUAUGGACAACUCCUUACAGGAAAGUGGCAUUGGUUUUCCUUUGCUCAGAAAAUCUGGCCUGCUGUCCUUGGAUCCCACUGUGGCCGAUGGCAGUGGAAGCGAAGCAGAAGACAGUGUCCCAGAGACCAGAGACAGCAGUCACCUGGCUCUAAAGGAGCAGCCCCCACGAAGAAGAGAGGCAUAUUCAACCACUGUCUGACCAUCACUGUGACCUAGACACUGGAUUUUUUUAAGGGAUCAGUUAUCAUAUGUUUGAGGGUUUUUGGAACAUAUCUGUUUCAUAUGUACAUAUAUAUACAUAUAAUAUAUAUAUUUUACAUUCUUAUCUCCCUUUAUAUCUUUGCCAAAUCUUCACCACUGACUUACCAUUGCCAUAGAGUAGACUGGAAUAUGGUAAUCAGAAAAAUAAGGUUCUAACAGUAUUAAUUGAAUAUUAAUGUUUCUUGUUUAGAAAUGCAAUUGUAUCUAUGUGUGGGAACAUUCUGAAGUUAGGAACUAUGGAAAAUUGAAUUUCUUUAGACAAAACUUUUUGUGCAAUAUCUUAUACUUAAUGAACAAAUUGUGUGUUUAUGUUUAUCAAUUUGUUUUCAGGACGGCUGUCUACAAACAUCUGGCCAAGACAUACAUCUGAUUUAUCAUUCAUUUUGUGUUUGAGAGAUAUUUUUCCCCAGUUAAAAUUAUUGCUUUAAUAGCAGGCCACUGAAAGUUCCCAAACACAAACCUUUUUUUCCAUGUAAUUUUAUAAACACAAAUUAAUGGUUAUCUGUCUUAAAAUGUUUUUUAAGUUUUGUUUUCUAAUUUUUAUAUGCACAUGAUGUUUCCCUGUGUUGCCUACUACUCUGUGUGGUCAGAGUAGUAGGUUAACUGCAAAUAUAUUGUUUUUUUGGUACAUAUUUAUAAAUCUGCAUCACCCAACAUUGAACAUCAUUGUAUAUGUUGAAUGUACAUGUUGCAAAAUGCCUUUAGCAUUCUAACAGGACUUCUGUAAAUAAAAUAAUAGGUUCAAAGAAAUUGAAAAUAAAACCAAACACUAAUAUUUUAAUAGCUUUAGUAUUUUGCUUAGCAUUCAACACUAGCAGAUGCAUAAUUUAGUUCAUGCUUGUUCAGAAGCACUAUUGGUGAAAUCUUUUACUUCAUGUGUAUAUAACUAAUAAAUUUUUCAUGAUUUAAAGAGGUUAUAGCACAUACUACUUAGUGCUGAUAUUCUACUUAAAAUAAUUUAAGCAAUGGACUGAGAGGUCCAAGAUACACAAAAAUUAUAUAUGCAAAUAUCUAUGAACAUUAUCUUCAGAUACUCUGGUUACUUAUCUUUAGAUAAAGCCAUAAGAAUUUUUCCCUACCAGUUCUUCCUUUGUUCCAUGUAGAGUUUUUUUCCUAGAAAACUGAAUGCCUGUCAUUGAUAAAUUGGAGGAAACACCCAAAUUACAACUACAUCAUGUAAAGACAACAAGAAUGUAUUGACUGGAUGCUUUUUGCUCUUAUUUUCAUCAGCAGCCUUUAAAAAAAAUACAAGAAGAAGAAGGUAGAAUUCAGUAUAUAUGGAGAUACAAUUUUGUAUGUUAUGUUGAUACAGAAGAAAGAAUGACAGAAUGGAGUAGAAGAGACAAAAAUAAUUUUCUGUCUAAAACUAGGAGAUAAGCCUUAUGAUACAUUGAGGAUUAGGCUUUUCCAGCAAGCCUUUUACUAUUUGCUUGAGAAUCCUGGAGACAUGGGUACAUGUCUUAGCCUGCUGUGUCCUUAGCACUGGGCGAAAUUCUAGUGGUUAAGUAACCUACCUGUGUAAAGAAGUUAGUCAGUAGCAGAGCCAGGACGUAAUCCAGAUCUCUCUGACAUUAAGCAUUCAAAAAGGUUCAGUGAAUGAAUUUCUCAACUCCCUGCUUUUGUGACAAUUAAUGUGAUUUAAAUAACUGAUUUAAAUAUGUUCCCUAAAUAGAUAGAUAGGUAAGUGGAUAGAUGUAAAUGUAUGAGUAUCAACCUCGUAAGCUCUACACAGCUUAUGAUAUAGAUACUACUCCUAGAAUUGUCUGACUGGGACUUGAGAGAUUCUCUCCUGGAGCUCGUUACUGUCAGCCGAGAGUCUGCUGAUACUCAAGUGAAUGAAAUGAGACAAUUCAUGGUUAUGUGAUUGCUGUGACCCCCAAAUCAAGAAAUCUGAAUAAUCUAGAUUCAGGGUCAGCAAAUCAUGACCCAGUUCUAGCCAGCUGCCUGUUUUUACAUGACUCACUAGCUAAGAGUGGUUUUUACAUUUUUAAAUAAUGUGCAGGGCAGGGGGGGAAUUGAAAGAGUAACAUUUUGUGUCACAUAAAAAUCAUGUGCAAUUCAGUGUCAUAAAGUCUUACUAGAGUGUACCUGUCCUUGUCCGUUUAUAUACUGUCUGUGGCUGGUUUUCUGCUACAGUGACAGCUGAGCACUGCAGAGCCAUGUGGCCCAUAUAGCCUAAAUUACCUAUUAACUGGCCCUUCAGAGAAAAAGUUUACUGGCCCUUGAUUUAGAUACUCUAAAAUGUAGGUUACUCCUUCAGUUUGUCUCCGUUGAAGAUUGAACCAUUUGCUUUUGCUGUUGAGCUAAUGGCUUGGAUAUCGAAAAUUUCCUGGUGAAUCUUACUAUACUCAGAAUUAUUCAAAAUAGAAAGUGCCAGCUAUUUUAUAUCAUGAAGUCUUUGAUGCCAUAGAUGCAACAAAUUUGGAAGGAUAGCUGUACUUUUGGAAUGCAGAAAGGAAGCAAAGAAUUCCAGAAUAUGAGCACUGUUCUUUAAAACAUGCAUAUUGACCUUUAGAGUAUGCUUCAGUGAGUCAAUGUUAUAGUUUGACUUUAAAAUAAGAACAUCUUCCUAGAAAUGUUUGAACUCUAAACUUUGAAAGAUAUUCUUAGAGAAUUUUUUAAAUACUGUUUCCAGGUAGGGAUUAGGUAUUAAAAGAAUCAUAGUAAGUUAACCUUAAUUCAUUGAUAUUCUUGUAAUUUGGGCAAUGAAACAAUCUUAUCAUUUAAGAUUUUGGAUUCAAAUAGUCUUUAGAAGGGUUUAAAAUCUUCCUGGCUUUUAUGAUGCACUAGCUAUACUAUUCCCCAAUUUGACAAGCAAAUUAAGACUUUGAAAAUGUUUCUUGAUAGAUUUUAUUUAAUGUCUGGUAUUUUUGUGUCAUUUAAAUGUUAUUCAGUCAAACAUUCAGAGUUGAGGAAUAUUCAAUGGGAAUUGAAUGAAAUAAACUCACAGUAAAAGAAAAAUACUCUCUUGAGAUAGUUGCCUUCCUUGGUGUCAUUGAAUCCUGGGUUAAAUGCUAAGAGUAGAGGCUACAAGUGAUCUGAAUAAAAUAGAAAUCUCACUGAAGUGAUGAAACAGCAACCUUUUAGAUCAAGAAAAUAUUUUAACAGCCUUUUAAAAAAUAAGUGGUAAUUUUUUUCUUCCUGGAAAAAGAAGUCAAAGAUGUAACUACAAAAGUUCUACCAUUUUUUAUUGAUA